AUGAUGGAGGCCCUCGUCUGCCACCCGCUCGAUACCAUCAAGGUCCGCAUGCAGCUCUCCCGGAGAGCGACUGCCCCCGGUGCUAAGCCCCGUGGCUUCGUCACCACCGGUGCCGAGAUCGUGCGCAAGGAGACCGCGAUGGGUCUGUACAAGGGUCUGGGUGCUGUGCUGGGAGGUAUUAUCCCCAAGAUGGCCAUCCGAUUCACCUCAUACGAGUCGUACAAGGGCAUGUUGGCCGAUGAGAAUGGCAAUGUCACCAGCAAGGCCACUUUCCUCGCUGGUCUCGGUGCUGGUGUGACUGAAGCCGUCGCCGUUGUCAAUCCCAUGGAAGUCAUCAAGAUUCGUCUGCAAGCGCAACAUCACAGUUUGGCCGACCCGCUCGAUGCCCCCAAGUACCGCAGCGCCCCGCACGCCCUUUUCACCGUCGUCAAGGAGGAGGGCUUCAGCACACUGUACCGUGGUGUCUCCCUGACCGCGCUCCGACAAGGAACCAACCAAGCCGCCAACUUCACCGCAUACUCCGAGCUCAAGGCCACCCUGCAACGCCUGCAGCCCGAAUACAGCAACACCCAGCUGCCUUCCUACCAGACCACCCUGAUCGGUCUGAUCUCCGGUGCCGUCGGCCCCUUCUCCAACGCCCCUAUCGAUACCAUCAAGACUCGUCUUCAAAAAACCCGCGCCGAGCCCGGCCAGUCGGCCGUCAGUCGCAUUAUGGUGAUCGCCAAGGAUAUGUUCAAGCAGGAGGGUGCCCGUGCCUUCUACAAGGGUAUUACCCCUCGUGUGAUGCGUGUUGCUCCUGGCCAGGCCGUCACUUUCACUGUGUAUGAGUUCCUCCGGGGUAAGUUGGAGGCAUCCAACUGGGCGUUUGUGGGUGGAAAAUUCGACGAGUAA